CCACAGGGCACCUUCUCACUCAUCAUUGAGGCUCUGCAUACAGAUUCUCCUGAUGACCUCACCACAGAAAACCCCGAGCGCCUCAUCAGCCGUCUGGCCACUCAGAGGCACUUGGCGGUGGGUGAAGAGUGGUCCCAGGACCUGCACAGCAGCGGCCGCACUGACCUCAAGUACUCCUAUCGCUUCGUGUGCGAUGAGCACUACUAUGGAGAAGGCUGCUCUGUCUUCUGCCGCCCCCGAGAUGAUGCUUUUGGUCACUUCACUUGCGGAGAGCGUGGCGAGAAAGUCUGCAACCCAGGGUGGAAAGGCCAGUACUGCACUGAGCCGAUUUGUUUGCCUGGAUGCGAUGAACAACACGGCUUUUGCGACAAACCUGGGGAAUGCAAAUGCAGAGUGGGUUGGCAGGGGCGAUAUUGUGAUGAGUGCAUCCGAUACCCUGGCUGCCUUCAUGGUACCUGUCAGCAGCCGUGGCAGUGCAACUGCCAGGAAGGCUGGGGUGGCCUUUUCUGUAACCAGGACCUGAACUACUGCACCCACCACAAGCCCUGCAAGAACGGUGCCACGUGCACCAACACUGGUCAGGGGAGCUACACUUGUUCUUGCCGACCUGGGUACACAGGCUCCAACUGUGAGAUUGAAAUCAAUGAAUGUGACGCCAACCCUUGCAAGAAUGGUGGAAGCUGCACUGAUCUUGAGAACAGCUAUUCCUGUACUUGCCCCCCGGGCUUCUAUGGUAAAAACUGUGAGCUGAGCGCAAUGACUUGUGCUGAUGGACCAUGCUUCAAUGGUGGGCGAUGCACCGACAACCCCAAUGGGGGAUACAGCUGCCGCUGCCCACUGGGUUAUUCUGGGUUCAACUGUGAAAAGAAAAUUGAUUACUGCAGUUCCAGCCCUUGUGCUAAUGGAGCCCAGUGCGUCGAUCUGGGGAACUCCUACAUAUGUCAGUGCCAGGCUGGCUUCACUGGGAGGCACUGUGAUGACAACGUGGACGACUGCGCCUCCUUUCCCUGUGUCAACGGAGCGACCUGCCAGGAUGGAGUCAAUGACUAUUCCUGCACCUGCCCCCCAGGUUACAACGGGAAGAACUGCAGCACCCCAGUGAGCAGAUGCGAACACAGCCCCUGCCACAACGGGGCCACCUGCCACGAGAGAAACAACCGCUAUGUCUGUGAGUGCGCUCGGGGCUACGGUGGCCUCAACUGCCAAUUUUUGCUCCCCGAGCCACCUCAGGGACCGGUCAUUGUCGACUUCACCGAGAAGUACACGGAAGGCCAGAAUGCCCAGUUUCCCUGGAUCGCCGUCUGUGCUGGGAUUAUUCUGGUCCUCAUGCUGCUGCUGGGGUGCGCUGCUGUGGUUGUCUGCGUCAGGCUCAGAGUGCAGAAGAGGCACCACCAGCCUGAUGCUUGCAGGAGCGAGACUGAGACCAUGAACAACCUGGCCAACUGCCAGCGCGAGAAGGACAUUUCCAUAAGUGUCAUUGGUGCCACUCAGAUUAAAAAUACAAAUAAGAAAGUAGACUUUCACAGCGAUAACUCUGACAAAAAUGGCUACAAAGUCAGAUACCCAUCAGUGGAUUACAAUUUGGUGCAUGAACUCAAGAACGAGGACUCUGUUAAAGAGGAGCACAGCAAAUGUGAAGCCAAGUGUGAAACGUAUGAUUCAGAGGCAGAGGAGAAAAGUGCAGUACAACUAAAGAGGUAUCUCUCACAUCUGAGGGGGGGGGGGGGCAGCUUGGCUCUGAAGGGGGUUGAUACUUCUGAAAGGAAACGACCAGAUUCCGUAUAUUCCACUUCAAAGGACACAAAGUACCAGUCGGUGUAUGUCAUAUCAGAAGAGAAAGACGAGUGCAUCAUAGCAACUGAGGUGUAAACCAGAGGCGAUAUGGCAAAGUGGUUGUUCAGAACAAUUUCAGAGGAGACGUGCCCCGAUGAAUGCUGCUGAAAAGAGGAAUGGGAGAUAGAUUCCUUCACUGACUGCUGCUGAGAAACUAAAUUCAGGCUUGAGCUGGUUCUCUACUGAAGUUAGCAAAGUGACUGCAAAAUAAAGAAACAAGAUGGACACCAGGCAAGGGUCUGUGUUCAAGGAUUACUGUUGCACUGCCUUUUAUGAAUUUUAUCAUUGCACUAUGGUCAGUUGCUUUUCUAUAUAUAUUUAAAUGAAUGGACUUAAUUACUACAUAAGAAGCAUGCACUGCCUGAAGUGUAUAUUUUGGAUUCUUAUGAGCCAGUCUUUUCUUGAAUUAGAGACACAAACACUGCCUUUAUUGUCUUUUUUGAUACUAAAAUGUGUUUUUACUAGAUGAGAAAAGUGUGUUAUUUUUUUGAAUCUGUAAAAAUAUUUUCAUGAUAAUUGUAAAGUUUGAGUAUUUUGUGAUGUUCAUUUUUUUAUAAUUUAAAUUUUUUGGUAAAUAUGUACAAAGGCACUUCGGGUCUAUGUGACUAUAUUUUUUUGUAUAUAAAUGUAUUUAUGGAAUAUUGUGCAAAUGUUAUUUGAGUUUUUUUUACCAUUUUGUUAAUGAAGAAAUUCAUUUUUAAAAUAUUUU